AAAAUUACAAAGCUUCAUAAUCACCCCAAGACCGCAUAGAGCAAACAUGAAUGAUAUUUCUCAAAAGGCUGAGCUUCUGCUUUCUUCAUCUAAACCUGUACCAAAAACCUAUGUGCCAAAACUUGGCAAGGGUGAUGUAAAGGAUAAGUUUGAAGCCAUGCAGAGAGCCAGGGAAGAAAGAAAUCAAAGGAGAUCUAGAACCGAAAAGCAAAGAAGAAAAGAACAAUAUAUUAGAGAGAGAGAAUGGAACAGGAGAAAGCAGGAGAUUAAAGAAAUGCUUGCUUCUGAUGAUGAGGAAGAGGUAUCUUCUAAAUUAGAAAAGGCUUAUGUCCCAAAGCUAACAGGAACUGUUAAAGGUAAAUUUGCUGAAAUGGAGAAACAAAGACAAGAGGAACAAAGGAAGAGAACAGAAGAGGAACGUAAACGCAGAAUUGAGCAGGAUAUGUUAGAAAAGAGGAAGAUACAACGUGAAUUAGCAAAAAGGGCUGAGCAGAUUGAGGACAUAAACAAUACGGGAACUGAAUCAGCAUCGGAGGAAGGAGAUGAUUCACUGCUUGUAACAGUGGUACCUGUCAAAUCACACAAAACAUCUGGAAAAAUAAAAAAGAAUUUCGAAGAUCUAGAAAAAGAACAAGAAGAAAAGGAAAGGGUCAAGUAUGAAGAAGAUAAAAGAAUAAGAUAUGAAGAACAACGUCGGUCUCUCAAGGAAGCAAAGUGUCUUUCAUUGGUCAUGGACGAUGAACUGGAAAGUGAGGCAAAGAAAGAGUCACUUUCUCCUGGAAAAUUGAAACUGACUUUUGAAGAAUUGGAAAGACAAAGACAAGAAAACCGAAGGAAGCAAGCUGAGGAGGAAGCAAGAAAACGUUUAGAAGAAGAGAGGCGUGCUUUUGAAGAAGCAAGGCGGCAAAUGGUAAACGAAGAGGAGGAAAACCAAGACACAGAAAACAUUUUUAAAGGGUACCGCCCUGGUAAACUCAAACUCAGUUUUGAAGAAAUAGAAAGACAAAGGAGAGAAGAUGUAAAAAGGAAAGCAGAAGAAGAAGCCAGAAGAAGAAUAGAGGAAGAAAAGAAGGCAUUUGCUGAAGCAAGGAGAAGCAUGGUAGUAGAUGAUGACUCCCCAGAGAUGUAUAAAACAAUCUCUCAAGAAUCUCUUACACCUGGAAAACUAGAAAUUAAUUUUGAAGAAUUAUUAAAGCAAAAAAUGGAAGAAGAAAGACGACGAACAGAGGAGGAACGGAAGCAUAAGCUAGAGAUGGAAAAACAGGAAUUUGAACAACUGAGACAAGAAAUGGGAGAGGAAGAAGAAGAAAAUGAAACCUUUGAACUGAGCAGAGAAUAUGAAGAAUUAAUCAAAUUGAAAAGGAGUGGCUCUAUUCAAGCUAAAAAUCUAAAAAGCAAGUUUGAAAAAAUUGGACAAUUGUCUGAAAAACAAAUACAGAAAAAGAUAGAAGAAGAACGAGCAAGAAGAAGAGCAAUUGAUCUUGAAAUUAAAGAGCGAGAAGCAGAAAACUUUCAUGAGGAAGAAGAUGUUGAUAUCAAGCCUGCAAAAAAAAGUGAGGCUCCAUUUACUCAUAAAGUGAAUAUGAAAGCUAGAUUUGAACGAAUGGCUAAGGCAAGAGAAGAAGAAGAACAAAGAAGAAUUGAAGAGCAGAAGUUAUUACGCAUGCAGUUUGAACAAAAGGAAAUUGAUGCGGCACUACAAAAGAAAAGAGAAGAGGAGGAGGAAGAAGAGGGUAGCUGCAACAUGAAUGGCUCCACCAUUGAAGAUGAAGCGCAAACCAGAUCAGGAGCUCCGUGGUUUAAGAAGCCUCUAAAAAACACAUCAGUUGUAGACAGUGAGCCAGUUAGAUUUACUGUUAAAGUAACAGGAGAACCCAAACCAGAAAUUACAUGGUGGUUUGAAGGAGAAAUAUUGCAGGAUGGAGAAGACUAUCAAUAUAUUGAAAGAGGAGAAACUUACUGUCUCUAUUUACCAGAAACGUUCCCAGAAGAUGAAGGAGAGUAUAUGUGUAAAGCAGUGAACAAUAAAGGCUCUGCAGCUAGUACCUGCAUUCUUACCAUUGAAAGUAAGAAUUAAUCACUCUUUGAAUCUAGAACUUUUAUUCUAUUUAAAAAUGUUUUCCUUUAAAAAAAAAAAAUCACUUUUCUUCUCUCUUUUUUAGCUGACGACUACUAGGUCCCCUUCCCUCUCCCUGGAACACACACCCUCUCUCCCCGACUUUCUUACUGCAUCCAUCCUUUCUGUGGCGGGGCCAGAAAGGAAACUGGAAGUGCCACUAUGCUGACUCUUCAUUCCUUUCCCUAACAGUCUUCACAACACAAGCUCGUCUGAAAAGUACCUCUUUCCUUUUCAAAUGAGCACCAGAUUCACAUUACGCAGUAUACGUUGUUGUGUAAUUUUAUAAUAAGGCCAAGUGGGAAAUUUACUCAAUUAUUUCUAUCAGAACCUAUACAAAGGCUGCGUAUUUCCCAUGUUUACAGCAAUGAUGUUUAAAAAAAUCAUAAAUCGGACAUAUUUUGCAUGAAAGAAUACGACUUAUGAGCUAUUCACACCU